UCCGGUGCCCAUAAGAGGCGGGGCGCGGCGGUGGCUGGCUCUGCCGGGCGGCGGCGCCGGACGGGGCGCACCGGGGCGGCGGCGGCGGCUGCUGUGCGCCCCCUGGACGGGCGGGCGGGCGGAGGGACACCGGCGGCGGCGGCGGCGGCGGCAGCAGCAGGGGCGCGUUGCAGCCGGCGCCGCAUGACUUCGCCCAUGGGGGCGGCGCGGCGCGGGGGCCGGGCCGUCGCGGCGCUGCGGGGGGCGGCGGGCAGCGAGUAGCAGCGGCCCCCGGCGCGGGCCGCCCCGCACCCGCGAGCCAGGCCCGGGCAUGCGGCGCCGGGAGCUGCGGCGCGGCUGCGAGCCCCGGGGGGCCGGGCGGCGCUGCCCCGGCCCGGGGGGGCUCUGACGGCCGCCGCGGCCCCCUCGGCGGCGCCAUGUGGGGCGGGCGGUGCUCGCUGCUGCUGGCGGCGCUGGGCUGGCUGCUGCCGGCGGGCGCCGGCGCCAGCGGCGAGUACUGCCACGGCUGGCUGGACGGGCAGGGCGGCUGGCGCGACGGCUUCCAGUGCCCCGAGCGCUUCGACGGCGGCGACGCCACCAUCUGCUGCGGGAGCUGCGCCCUGCGCUACUGCUGCUCCAGCGCCGAGGCGCGCCUCGACCAGGGCGCCUGCGACAACGACCGGCGGCUCGGCGGCGGCGAGCAGGGCCGGCCCGGCAAGGACGGCCCCGACGGCGCGGCAGUGCCCAUCUACGUGCCGUUCCUGAUCGUCGGCUCCGUCUUCGUCGCCUUCAUCAUCCUGGGGUCGCUGGUGGCGGCGUGCUGCUGCCGGUGCCUGCGGCCCAAGCAGGAGCCGCAGCAGAGCCGCGCGCCGGGGGGCAGCCGCCUCAUGGAGACCAUCCCCAUGAUCCCCAGCGCCAGCACCUCCCGCGGCUCCUCCUCCCGCCAGUCGAGCACCGCCGCCAGCUCCAGCUCCAGCGCCAACUCGGGGGCCCGGGCGCCCCCCACCAGGUCGCAGACCAACUGCUGCUUGCCGGAGGGGACCAUGAACAACGUGUACGUCAACAUGCCCACCAACUUCUCGGUGCUCAACUGCCAGCAGGCCACCCAGAUCGUGCCGCACCAGGGGCAGUACCUGCACCCGCCCUACGUGGGCUACGCAGUCCAGCACGACGCCGUGCCCCUGACGCCCGUGCCCCCGUUCCUGGAUGGUUUGCAGAGCGGCUACCGGCAGAUCCAGUCCCCCUACCCGCACGCCGGCGGCGAGCAGAAGAUGUACCCAGCUGUGACUGUGUAGCUUCGAAGGCCUGCCUGCCCCCUCCCCACCCCGCAGAUCCGCAUAUCCGAGCUGAGCGGAGGAGACGUACUUCCUUGGAACGGAGCUCCCAGGACGUCGCUUGUAAAUAAUUUUGAAAGGCUCAUGCAUGUCAGACAGUGUUUAUAAACCAUUUAUUUUCUUCGGGGUCCGCUGCCAGAAACUGUAGGAUGAUAUCUCUGAAUUAACAUUUCCAGAUACGCUUUCAUUCCAGUGCAUGAUUUACAGUGGCCAAGGAUUAUGCUGAAAAUGCAUGUGCAUUUCAGAUAACUGUGUGUGUGAGAGAAAUGCCGGAGCCAUUAAGUGCCUUUCAGGUGUGACAUGGUCAGAAGCAUUUGCCUAAUUAAUCUGUAGAAAGAGUUUUGUUACACGGUACGAGACCGCAGUACUUAAGAAACCUCUCUUCUCUUCUCCUCUUCCAGUUCCUUAAUGACAUUUCACAUUGCUUUGCAGACAAUCACAGCCGAAAACGAAGCAGCGCAAUCGUUGUACGCUAGGUUCUCGGUAUCGACGCCCAUGGUUUCUUAGGCCCCUUAGGUUCGGGGUGAAACGCUACGUUAUGCUUAGCCUUGCAAAGAACGACUUUCCUUGUCCCUUGUAUUCAUGUAGGAAUUGGCAGAGUGUGAAUCAUUCAGCUCUACUUUUGGUGCACUUGAAACCCUUCUUGAUUCGAUUUUUGCCUCAAGAUCAGGAACUAGUAGUGGUUUGCACAGACUUUGUGAACUUUUUGAUAAAAACAGGGUACGAGGUACUUGCUCUUGUUGGCAUUCAGCAGAACUUUUGACUCAGAUAUAGUGACUUCAAAUAUGCUUAAUUUAACCCCAUUUCCCAUGAAAUAGUAAACUUGUGUGCAUAUGCGCAAACGUGUUAGACCCAGACCUCACUACUGGUUUGUAAUUGAGUCUGACCAUAGGAAAAUGGGAUUUGUUCCUCUGCAGGCCUGUUUUGGGUUCCCAACCCCGAUCCCACAGGGCAGUUGUAGUGGGAAGAAAACGCCGCCUCGUGUUGAACUUGGAGGGGCUUGCGGAGAUUUUAUAUCCUUACCAUUUUUUUUUCCUUGAGGUCAAGAGACUUAACUUUUAAAAAAAAUCUGCAGUGAGAAUAACAAAACAGGCCCAACCAAAGAAUUAACCUUCUUAGAACUUUUUGUUUUGCGCAGUUGUUCCCCAGAUGCGGUGUUUCUGCACGGUGCUGAGUCGCGAGCACGUGGCGUGUUGCAGAGAGUGACUUUGCACUACAGCUGCUGGCUCCAUUUGUUUUGCUUUAUUUGGGGAAAAGUGUCUCUUGAGCUUAGAGAGACAACAGUGAACUGAAAAUAAUCAGACUGUGCUGUUUGUAAUAUAUCACCCCAGACCUUUUUCUAAACAAACCUAACAGUCUCUAAGCCUGUUUCUGUCCUUUAAAAAAAAAUUUCCUCUCUGCAUUUCAGUCCAUUUGGUCUUUUUAUUGUCUGAUACUGUAUCAGUAUGUAGCAAUAACUGUGAUACUACUUUUUUUUUGUAUGUUUGUUUUAAAAUUACACAUACUUGUGGAAUCUUUGCCAGGUCUAAUGGUUUGCUUGUAAACAUGCCACACACAAGCAAGCAGUUUACAGAAGGAAGAAAUUUUUUGACCACUGAAAUAGGGAAAUGAAUAGGUAAUUUACACCAGAUCUGCUGUUAUUGGCUGCCAUCUCACCAUUCAGUAUGUUUGACCUUUACAGAAAGAUUGGCUUAUGUUUGGCUGGGAAAAAAACUGGUCUUGAUCUCCAGACAUGCUAGGCAUCUUCUGCAAAGCAGCAAGACAGCUUGCGGGAAGUAUUUAGUUACUGGCCUGCUCUGUGUUACAGGGGCUGAGGGCUAGAUAGUUUGAAUUAGUUAAAUGCCUGAUGAUACAGCUAGGCGCCUAGUGGGGUAUUAAAGUUCUGUAGGUGUAUCAGAAUUGGGUGCUCCCAUGCUCUUGAAGGACUUAAUACAUGCCCAGGUCUCAUGGAGAUUUAGGUAUCUAAGUGCUUAAAUUGCAUUUGAAAGUGGAACUGAACCAGCUCAGUUAUUCUGACCCCGUAAAGCUGAGUUUUGUGUUAAAAAUGGGGGCCUGGAGGCCUCUGUUUGCUGGUGUUUUUGACAGGAUUUGGAGGUGCUCAGCCCCAAAUGCCUGCUGUUUCUUUGCCAGAAGACAAGCCCAUAGAGGCUGUCAGCUUUCCAGCUGUGAAUGAAGUCCGCUCUCUUUCUGCAAGAACGCACUGCUUUCAUUGCACAUGCCCUGAUAAGGACACCUGCUCUGACUUGCAAAAUUCAGGUGAAUCUCUUUGUAUAUUGUUUACUUGUUUAAAUAUGAAUAAGUUAAAUUUAAGUCUGUAGAAAUUGAUUUACAAUUGAAGGAAAAGAAACCUGAGUUGUAAUAAAAGAAAGUUUGUGAGAUGUGGUGUUUUUGUAUGUCAUGUAUAAUAAUGUAAAACCAAUGUUAACAUUUGAUAUAGCCUGUAAAUCUCUGAAAGGGCACUUGAUUUUAAAGUGUUUCUUACAAAUGAAGAAAAAAAGCCCCCUUUGUUUCUUAAUAAAUACUUUAUGGUGUGACUUUUUUUCGA